AUUCAAUAUUGCAUAAACAUGGGUGCAUUUUUGGAUAAACCAAAAACUGAAAAACAUAAUGCUCAUGGUGCAGGGAAUGGCUUGCGUUAUGGCCUCAGCAGUAUGCAGGGAUGGAGAGUGGAAAUGGAAGAUGCUCACACAGCUGUUGUAGGUAUUCCCCAUGGCUUAGAGGACUGGUCCUUUUUUGCUGUCUAUGAUGGUCACGCAGGAUCUCGCGUUGCAAAUUAUUGCUCCACGCACUUACUAGAACAUAUCACUAACAACGAAGACUUUAGGGCGACAGAAAAACCUGGAUCUGCUCUUGAACCUUCAGUGGAAAAUGUCAAGAGUGGAAUCAGAACUGGCUUUUUGAAAAUUGAUGAGUAUAUGCGCAAUUUCUCAGACCUCAGAAAUGGGAUGGACAGAAGUGGCUCAACAGCAGUGGGAGUUAUGAUUUCACCUGAGCAUGUAUACUUUAUCAAUUGUGGUGAUUCACGUGCGGUUCUCUAUAGGAAUGGACAAGUCUGUUUUUCAACACAGGAUCACAAACCUUGCAACCCAAGGGAGAAGGAGCGAAUCCAGAAUGCAGGAGGCAGUGUAAUGAUUCAGCGUGUUAAUGGUUCAUUGGCAGUUUCUCGAGCUCUGGGGGACUAUGACUACAAAUGUGUUGACGGUAAAGGCCCAACAGAACAACUUGUUUCUCCAGAGCCUGAGGUUUGUGAAAUUUUAAGGGCAGAAGAAGAUGAGUUUAUCAUCUUGGCUUGUGAUGGAAUCUGGGAUGUAAUGAGCAAUGAAGAGCUCUGUGAAUUUGUUAAGUCUAGACUUGAAGUAUCAGAUGACCUGGAAAAAGUGUGCAAUUGGGUAGUGGACACUUGUUUACAUAAGGGGAGUCGUGAUAACAUGAGUAUUGUACUAGUUUGUUUUUCAAAUGCUCCUAAGGUCUCAGAUGAGGCGGUGAAAAAAGAUGCAGAGCUGGAUAAGUACUUGGAAUCACGGGUUGAAGAAAUUAUGGAAAAAUCGGGUGAAGAAGGAAUGCCUGAUCUUGCUCAUGUUAUUCGUAUUUUAACUGCGGAGAAUAUCCCUAAUUUACCACCAGGAGGUGGUUUAGCUGGCAAGCGUAAUAUUAUUGAAGCUGUGUAUAGUAGGCUGAAUCCACACAGAGAGAAUGAGGGGGGUGCUGGAGAUCUAGAAGAUCCGUGGUAGCCUUACAAAUCUACUAAAAUGCUUUUGAUUCUGAAAGGGGGAAAAAAAAAACACAAAACUUUUAAAUCUGUUUUCUUCAAUACAAGGGAAAUAUUCUGGUGGAUUUCCAACAUUUUGUGAAAUGGGCAGAAAGAUAUUAGAAUUUUCCAUCAUUUGUUCAUUUUUGUGUUCUCUGAUAUUGCCACUCUUAGCAUUGCCUGUACUACAGUAUUUUUACCAGCCUCAGGCAUACUGAUUACAUCUGUAAAGAACUGUGGCCCUAAGAAGGAAGGAAGGAAGGAAUGAUUCUCUCAGCAGAUCGGUGUACGUACCUCAGGUGCGUGGGAUUGUAGGUGUGCUCUGAAGAUACACUAUGGCUAAAUGAAAUGUGGAACACCCAAGCAUGAGAGUACAAGUCAUUGUUUGAGACGUUACUUAUUUCACUUUACCGAGUUGGAAGGCUUUGCAGCUCUGUGGCUUGGAAGUAAUUUCAAUUGGGCAAUACGCUAUCAGAUGUGUAAUUUUUUUUUGUUUUUAAUUUUCCAGUUUUACCUGUAUUACCAGACCGUUAGGUUUCCCUGCGGUGUCCAAAUUGUGAUAUGUUGCCUACUGCUUGCUUGAAGAUACGUGUAUUUGGCAAUAAUAUAUGAAGAUUCUAGGCAUCUAAAAACAGUAAGAAUUUUACGCAUGUGUACAACACACCCUUAAACUCUUGCUAGAGAAAAAUCUUUUAAAACCAAACUGAUGAAUUUAUAGUUAGUAGUGACUUGCUUUGACAUCUCUCACAGCUGCAGGUUUUUUUAAAAAAUGCUGAAAAUUUGCCUUUAUUAUAAUGUAAAUUGUGAUUAUUUUUUUGUUCUAUAUGUGGUUUUCUAUAGUUUUUGAUUUUUUUCAGCUUAAGAUACAGACAAAAGUCUUGUGUAAUAUGGGUAUAAUUUUUAAUUGUUUGCAUUAUUUUCAAAUUUCAAAUUAUCACUUUGAGAUUACUAUAAAUACACUUAAAAUUAUCUAUUUUAAAUUAAGAAAAUAUUAGAGAUAUUUUCAUGGGUUCAAUGACCUUUCAUUUUAUAAGCAAUGGGCAUGGUACAGAGUGGCUGGCAUGUAAGGGACUUGAAGAUUCUUAGUUUAAUUCUAUUUUUGCAAUAACCUUGACUUUUUUUUCUGACUUCUUUGAGUUGUGCAUGUAAUGAGUCCAGUAAAUGCUGAAAAUGGGGAAGAGUAAAGUAUUUAUCUAAAAUAAAAGCUAUUGGGGAGGGGAAACAAUGAAUGUAUCCAUCUGUACAUGAUUUACAUGCUGUGGAUGCCUUGUAAACAUUUUCCUAUUUGUUUAAACUGUGUUUCAGCGAGGAUGUAAUUGCCCUUGUGUGUAGUUUUAAGCUAAUGACAGUCAUCAACUGGUUUUGUGUCAAAUGGAAUUCAUGGUAUUUUUCUGUAACUUUAUCCCCAUGGUGAGUCUGUAAAAACCACAUGCUCUUUCAUACUGGUGCCGAAGGCCAGCUUUCCCAAUCAUUUUGAUUCACUGUGUAUCUGAUUUAUUUUUUUUUUUGGUCUAGAGAAGAUUAUUGCCACAGUAUAUUUUAUUUAUUCAUUAGAUUUUAGCCUUGUAAGUUAAAGUGUUCUAAAUGAUGAUGUUAACAGGUAUUUGUCCCUUUACUGGUUUUUUUGGGGUUGUUAAAAGAUAGGGAAUGAAGAAUGCAAAAUGGUUUAUUGUUCAGACUGUCCGCUCUGGUCCAACCCUGUACUGAUAGUACCUUCCCAGUAUGAUAUUGUGAUGUUUCAUACAAUACAGUGAACAUAACCAACUUGUUAUCUUCAAUAAAGGAUUGCUAAAACAGUGUGAUAAUGCUUUAUAUUUUCUUGAGAAGGAUUUAUCAAGAAGAUGCAAGUGUUCUGUAUAAAAUGAUAAUCAAAUAGGAUUGAAGAGGUGUUUCUUAGUGAUGGAUUUGUUUGUUCUAUAGGAAACAUGGCUCUCUUUUUCUCAGUAAGCCAGAAGUCUCAAAGUAGUCUUCUCUGUGGGAGAUGGAAGAGCACAAACAACAUGUAGAGCUCUGAGGGAAAAUCCAUCCCAAGUUCAGCUGGAAUGAAUCUUAUUCCAGCUGCAGGAAAGCAUUCAUUUAAAGUCUAAAAAUUCAGCUUAAACUUGACUUUGUAGUCAACUCCUUUCUUGAAAUUUCUUCAAGAUCUGAGGCUGGACUUAUAAAGUUUUACUUUUGUACAGUGUUUUGGAUAGAAAAUUCUCUAAUGUUAACACUCUUACGUUUAAACUUUCACUGAUUUUCUUUUUUUAAUUUAUUGAUGAAGUUUUUUAGCUGGAGGCGGGGGGGGUGGGGGAGGAGGACAAAGUCCUCCAUGUUAUUGAUACUGCAUGGUAGUAACCUGUCUGAAUACUUAGUGUUACUGUGGAAUGGGUGUAUUUAUGAACAACCUGUAGACUUCUGAGUCUCUUAAGCUGUUCUUUCAACUCUUUUUGUUGGACCUGCUUGGUAUAGCAUAACCCCUGCAUGCUUUCCUUGUGAACUGCAAUUUUAAUACCGUGUUCCAUUGGUGAGAGCUCUUGUACUCCAUAGGCUCCAGUCCUAUGAACACUUCUCCAUGUAGCUUUUCACAUCAUGUGGAUAGUCUUCCUGAAAUAAAGGGGUUUACGCUUUUAUCGUGUAGGAGUGAAGCAGGCACACAGGUUCUUCAAAGAGAAGGACCAUUGCCUGCACGGCUACAACAAAAUGUAAAUCAAGACCUCUUUUUUUUUUCCUCUAAAUUAGCACUACUUUCCAAAUUCUAAACAAGUUUUUAGUUUAAUCACAAUAUUGUUCAGAUUUCAGCAGCCGGGGGCGGGGGGAACAAUGUUUUUUGACUGUGUAUUCUUAGUGUUAGAAGUUGGAGAUGUUUGAUAACAUUUGUUCAUAUAUUUUACUAUGUGCCAUAACCUGUCACUUUUAACAUUUGUUUUAAAUUUAUGUUCUCUUUAUUAGUUAUCAGGUCGCAAUAUAAUUUAGAUAUUUCUGUAGAAUGCUGAGAGUGGGGAGUGUCUCUUCCACCUCAGGUCUUUCUGAAAUGUCAAAGUCAGCUCGAUUCUUUUCUUCUCUUUAUUUUUAUGACUACUUCUGUUACAGAGACAAAGUAGUCUGUGUCAGUUCUCCGAUAAUCUUGAGCAAAAUAAAGAUUUGCUUUAACUGAUCCUCAUUAACAUGUUAAAUGGAAUAGGGAAUAAAGAAAUGGAUGCAAA